GGUCACAGAUACAAAAUGCGGUUGUUUAGUCUCUUAAUUUAUGGAUUCGCGGUGGUCUGUGCGCAGGCCGAGCAGGACGUGCAAUUGGAGAUUCCUCAGGGCAUCCUUAAAGGGUUAAAGACUGAGACCGUGCUUCAUAACAAGCCUUACUACAGUUUCAGAGGUAUCCCGUACACCAAACCGAAUGUCGGACCCAACAGGUUUGAAUCACCAGAGCCGGCGGAACCUUGGGAAGGUGUGUACGACGCAACCAAGUAUCGUCCGCCUUGCCCGUUUUAUUGCAUGAUCAGAAAAGGUCUAAUUGGCGAAGAGGACUGUCUCUAUUUAAACGUUUACACACCGGUUCUCGAUAAAGAAGCUCAUAAACCUGUUAUGUUGUGGAUUCAUCCUGGUGGCUGGAACGGCGGCAUAGCAGACGAUACCAUGUUCGGGCCAGAUUUCUUAGUAGAAGACGACGUGGUGGUUGUUACUUUUAGUUACAGGUUUGGUGCACUUGGGUAUUUGAACACGGGAGACAAAAGUGCGCCGGGAAACGCUGGGAUGAAAGAUCAAGUGAUGGCACUGAAAUGGCUGAAGGAUAAUAUUCAUUAUUUCGGUGGUUCUCCGAGCAGAGUCACUAUUUUCGGUGCAAGCUCAGGCGCUGCUUCUGCCCUGUAUCAUAUGGUGUCUCCCAUGUCUGAAGGUCUGUUCAAUUCUGUCAUACUACAAAGUGGAACAAUGCUUAAUCCGUGGGCGAUGACGUACAAUCCAAGGGAACAAGCUUUCAUGCUAGGCGAGGCCCUCGGUAUACAUACUACGGAUUCCGCGGAAUUAGUACAAAAAUUGACCGAAUUCGACGUGAAAGAUAUUAUCACGGCUACUACGGAAAUAACUCAGAAACAGAAUGGGUUGAACGGACACAUGAACGUUUUCGUGCCGAGCGUGGAGGUAGACUUGGGACAGGACGUGUUUUUGUCGAACGAUCCUUGGACGUUGUUGAAAUCUGGAAAAAUAGCGGAUGUGCCUGUAAUUUCUGGUGUCAAUGCCGAUGAGUGCGCAUUUUUCGCACCAUUAUUAAUCGACGCUAUUGAAAUACUGAAUUCGGAACCGGAGCAAUUUUUGCCAGACGAUUUGAAUUACACUAGCGCAGAUGCGAGAAAGGAGGCUGGACAAAACUUGAAGAAAUUCUACUUUGGGGACAAACAAGUCUCCAAGGAGGAUCUAAACGAAUAUACCAAAAUGUUGAGCGACGUGUACUUUAAUGCUGGGGAGCUGUUGUCACUCGAUAUCAUGAAAAAUCGAAUGUCGUCCCCUAUUUAUCAAUAUAUGUUCACCUUCGAUUCACCGACUGGUUUCAUGAAAAAUCUGUUCGGUGUUCGCGACGGAGUUGCACACGGCGACGAGUUGGGCUACUUGUUUUAUUCCAAUGCCUUUAAGAAUCUGCCAGAACCGGGAUCCAACACAGCGAAAAUGACAAACAUUUUUACUAAACUUUGGACGAAUUUUGCUAAAGACCAAAAUCCAACGUCGCACCUGGACGAAGAUAUCACAGUGACUUGGGAACCAAUGGGGAACGAGAAUAAUUAUCUUAAUAUCAACCAGGCACUGAAGAUGGAGAAGAAUCUGAUGAGGGAUAAGCAUGAUUACUGGAAGAUGAUAUACAAAGACAUUAUGCCCUGAUUUCUCCUAUGCACAUACUAUUAUCAGUAUUCAUAGAUAAUUGGUUUAAGUGAUAAACACGUAAUUGUAUAAAAUUAUAAAAUAUAAUCUCGUUACUUCAAAAC